GUUCGAUAUUUUGUGCUUUCCUUUCAACGCCAACAACAAAAACAGCUAAAAUUUAAUUUGCACCAAUAGCAGAAAAUAAUCAAUAACAAAUGUGUCGCAAGUCUGUAAGAAAUUUUGAAAAUGAAUCGCAAUAAAAUUUCCUUUGGGAAAAUUAAUCUUAACCCAAAUAAACCGGCCGUUGCGGUCGAAAAGCCAAAUGAUAGUGAGCAUGUUGCAACGAAUUCAGCCGUGACCGGCGGAGGAUUCAAAAAAAUGGGUAAGGAGCAGCUUAUACGUCAAGUGGAAGAGGUAACUGACGAUAUGGAAAGUCAGCACCUUAAGGAAGUUAUGGGUAUAAGCGGUUUUGGACGUAAGGCAGCAAAAGUUUUCGAUAUUAAUGAACAAAUAGCGAAAGCGCGUGAAGUAGCGCCACCAAAACCACGCACAGAAAUUGAGCAAGAGAAAACGGCAGGUGAUGAUGAUUCCGAUGAUGAACCCGUGUUUGGACCUUUGCCAACCGACGCAGUAGGUGGUGAAAAAGAGCUGAAAAGACAAUUAAAAAAAUCCAACGCAGACAGUGAUGAUGAUGAUGACAGCGAAGAUGAGGAUGAUGACGAUGAUAAGUUGGAACGAAAAAUACCGAAUACACAUGAGGUGCAAAUGCAACAUGGUUCACGUGCCGUGCUCGCACUCGCGGGUGAUCCCGCAGGGGCACGCUUGGUUUCCGGCUCAAUCGAUUAUGAUAUGUGCUUUUGGGAUUUCGCCGGCAUGGAUGCGGCAAUGCGCAGUUUCCGUACCAUACAACCGUGUGAGAAUUAUCCCAUACGCUCAUUACACUAUUCGGUCACAGGAGAUAUGAUACUAGUGGUUUCGGGAAAUUCACAGGCAAAAAUACUUGAUCGUGAUGGAUUUGAAAAAAUGGAAUGUGUUAAAGGUGAUCAGUACAUAAGCGAUAUGGCGCGUACAAAGGGUCACACAGCACAACUCACAUCCGGGUGCUGGCAUCCGUAUACUCGUGAGGAAUUUCUCACCGCUGCAUUGGAUGGCACAUUACGUAUUUGGCAUGGAUUGAAGUCAAAGGAACAAAAAAAUGUUAUUAAAACGCGUGCACAAGGUGGUCUACGUACCAAUGCCUCGGCGUGCACAUUUAACCGCGACGCUACACUGAUUGCGUCUGGUUGUGUAGAUGGUUCGAUACAAAUGUGGGAUACGCGCAAAAUGUUCGUUAACACCACUCAUUGUUUACGAGGCGCUCACCAAAAAGGUGCAGAAAUCAGUUCCAUACAAUUCUCUUACUUGGGCACACAGUUGGCCACGCGCUCCAACGAUGAAACCAUGAAAUUGUGGGAUUUACGAAAGUUUAAAGAUCCACUGCAUACUUGGACUGAUUUAUUUUCUCGUUAUGAUACUACAGACUGCUGCUUCAGUCCGGAUGAUAGGAUGCUGGUAACAGGUGAAUCCUUACCAAAAGGUGCCAAAGAAGCCCAAUUGCAUUUCUAUAGCACACAAACAUUCGAAGAGGUGAAGCGCAUCGGUGUUACCGAUUCACAUAUAAUAAAAACCCUAUGGCACCCUAAGUUGAAUCAGAUAUUUGUGGGUUGUGGCAAUGGUGUCAUAAAAUGUUUCUACGAUGAGUUGCAGAGUUCCCGUGGUGCGAAAUUGUGUGUUGUAAAAACCCAUCGCAAGAAGAAACACACCGAAAUGGUUGGUGUAUCGCAAAUCAUAACGCCACAUGCGCUACCCAUGUUUAGACAGGAGAAAUCUAAAUCGUCACGUAAAAAAAUGGAGAAAGAACGUUUGGAUCCGGUAAAAUCUCAUCGUCCAGAUUUACCAAUUACCAGCGGUCAAGGUGGCCGUGUGGCGAGCUCUGGUGGCACACUAUCCUCUUAUGUCAUACGAAAUUUGGGUUUGAGCAAACGUGUCGAUGACGAUCAGGAUCCACGUGAAGCAAUAUUGAAAUAUGCAAAGGAAGCCGAAGAGAAUCCGUAUUGGAUAGCGCCAGCUUAUAAGAAAACACAACCGAAGCCAAUAUUUACAGACUCUACCGGCGAGCCGGAUGCAAAGAAGGCUAAAGAGGAGUGAUUAAGUUAGAAUGCUAUAAAUAAUUAAAUUUAAAUUUAGUCUUCAUUAUACAAAUAAAUAUACACUAACCAA